AAACAGUUGGCCGAAGACACCAUGAGAAUUCUUCGAAAGAAUCAUAGUCAUCGCUGCACAUCUGGCAAGAAAAGAAUAACUUACCGAAAGCACUGAUCAUCCGCGUAAAGAACAUACCGCAAAUACUUGUAGCCACGUUUCCCAAUCUUUCGACGGCCUACUGUCACCGAAGUAUGGGAAACAGGACGUGCUAGCGAAAAUGAAAAGGUUGUCUUGUGUGCGGGGUCUUCGCCUACGGAAAGGUCGCGUGCAUUUAAGAUGUGCAUCGUCGCAGACAGUCCCGGAACGAGCAAACGUAGUGGUGGUGGGAGGUGGGAUCAUCGGAACUUCGGUUGCCUACCACUUAGCCAAGGCCGGCGUCGAAGAUGUUCUCCUCUUGGAAAGAGACCGUCUGACUUCUGGAACAACGUGGCAUGCCGCCGGUUUGAUGAAUAGUUUCGGAUCCAUGUCGUCGACAUCUACAUGGUCCCGUCAAUAUACGCAAGAACUGUAUCGAGAUAUUCUGCCUACGGAGACUGGUUUGGAAACCGGAUAUAUGGGUAUUGGAUUCAUUGAGCUGGCAUGCGAUGCGGAUCGACUGGAAGCCUUUCGAAGAAUAGCUGCCUUCAACCGAUUUCUAGGGGUAGACGUAGCAGAAAUUUCACCCGAGCAAGUCAAAGACCUAUUCCCUCUCUGUGAGACGUCGGACGUCCUCUCAGGCUUUUGGGUUGAGAACGAUGGACGAGCCAACCCUACUGAUGCGACGAUGGCAUUGGCAAAAGGGGCGCGUUUGCAUGGUGCCAAUAUUAUUGAACAGUGUCACGUAGCCGGUGUGACGACCUCGAAACCAAAUGGUAAUUAUCGUGCCAAGGUAACAGGUGUCCGACUUGAAAAUGAAACCGUAAUUGCAGCGAAUAUCGUCGUUAAUUGUGCUGGUAUGUGGGCACGGCAGUUUGGGGAGGCCUGUGGAGUGUAUAACAUUCCGAAUCAAGCAGCUGAACACUACUAUUUGAUUACUGAGCCUAUGAAGGAAAUUGAUCCUUCUUGGCCUGUCAUAGAAGACUCUUCGAAAUGCGUUUACAUCAGACCGGAAGGGAAGGGGCUAAUGCUGGGCUUUUUUGAAUGGGAGGGAGCGGCAUGGAAGCCCGAAGGGGUCCCUUUGGAUUUUAGCUUUGGUGAGCUUGAUCCAGAUUGGGAUCGCAUGAUGCCAUACGUGGAGCAAGCCAUGAAGCGGGUCCCGGCCGCUGAAAAUGUUGGUGUCAAAGCGCUUUUUUGUGGGCCGGAAUCAUUUACCCCAGACAACCGUCCCAUUGUAGGGGAAUCACCGGAGCUUCGCAAUUAUUACAUCGCUGCGGGGCUGAACUCCAUUGGAAUUUUAACGGGAGGGGGUAUUGGGAAAAUUUUAGCUCAAUGGAUACAGCAGGGAUGCUCACCCCAUGAUGUCGACGUUACUGCCAUUGAUGCAAGUCGAUUCCAACGGUAUCAAAGUAACAUAACAUACCGAAAUGACCGUACCGGUGAGGCGCUGGGAAAUACUUACAAGGUUCAUUAUCCAGACCAUCAACCAACGACGUGUCGAAACGCGAAGCAAUCUGUUCUGCACGAGCGAUUGGUAAACGCCAAUGCAUUUUUCCAGGAGACCAGCGGUUGGGAAUCUCCAUCCUGGUACGCUCCCCAUGGAACCAAUCCAAAGGUCGAGACUGAGAGUUUUGGCAGAGAAAACUGGUUCCUACACUGGGAGGCAGAACAUAUCAGCUGCCGAAAUAAUGUUGCCCUGUUCGAUAUGAGCUUCAUGAGCAAGUUUCAUGUACAAGGAAAUGAUGCAGGGAAGUUUCUCAAUCGUCUGUCUACAGCCAACGUAGACGGUGAUUGGGGUAUGAUAACAUAUACACAGUGGCUCGAUGAACAGGGGUAUAUGGCGGCGGAUUUGACGAUAACUAAAAUGGCAGAGAAUCACUUUAUGGUGGUAGCAACAGACACAAUGCUCAACAAAGUCUACAGUCAUAUGCUCGAUCGACUGGUGCACGGAGAGCACGUUUUUGUAACUGACGUAACAGGUCGCUACGCGCAACUUAAUUUGCAGGGUCCACGAUCGAGAGAGUUACUGCAAGGCCUGACUUCUGUCGAUCUGAACAACUUUGCUUUCCGUAGAGCAGAAGAGAUUGACAUAGGCUUAGCGCGAGUUCUUUGUAUUCGAAUUACCUAUGUCGGAGAGCUGGGAUACGAACUUUUUGUUCCAGUAGAACAAGCGAGGCACGUUUACGAUUGUAUCGUUGAAUUAGGCCGGGAAUUUUCCCUCUCUCACGCGGGUCUCAAAGCUCUGGGAAGUCUAAGAAUGGAAAAGGGAUAUCGGGAUUACGGACACGAUAUGGACAACACGGAUAGACUUCUGGACUGUGGGUUGGGAUUCACCUGCGAUUUUGAGAAAGAAGGUGGCUUCAUCGGCCAGAAGCACGUCCUUGCACAAAAGGAUGCUGCGAAAGAGCGAGGAGGUUUAUUGAAGCGAAUUGUGAAUGUUUUAGUCUUAGACCCUGCACCUCUAUUGCAUCAUGGUGAAAUCCUUUGGAAGGACGGAAGGCGUAUAUCUGAUAUUCGAGCUGCAUCUUACGGACACACUGUCGGGGGCGCCGUGGGUUUGAGCAUGCUUACGCGUGAUAUUCCCGUAAAGAAAAAUUGGUUGGAUGGCAGCGACUGGGAGGUUGAAGUUGGCAGUCGAAAGCAUCCUUGUAGGUUGUCGAUACGCCCGAUGUACGAUCCCGCUAGCGUUCGCGUAAAAGAUGCGUAAAUGUCAUCACUUUUAAAUGUAGUGAAGCGGAAUAAAUCGAUGUCUAAUUUUGCUUAGUUGAUCCAA